UGAUAGCUUGAAAAAGAUUGAUCUUAGUUACUCCAAGCACCUGACUUAAAUCCCAGAUCUCUCUCGGGCUCCAACUCUUGAGAGUAUAGAUCUAGGACAUUGUAAAAGUUUGGUCCGAGUUCCUUCUUGUUUUCAAAAUCUUGACAAACUGGUUUUCCAGUGCAUGAGAAGUUGUCGACAUCUCAAAACUCUUCCAGAGUUACCAGGAAGUAUAAAGUACAUUGCUUUCUGUAAAACCGCAGUAAAAAAAUUUCCCUCAUCAAUGUGGUCUCUCAACCAACUUGAGACAUUGAUGUUUGAGAACUGUAAAUCUCUUACUGAUCUCCCAAACAGCGCUUGUAAUCUGAAGUCCCUGAAAAGGUUUUCUUUAUAUUAUUGCACAUCUCUUCUAAAGUUCCAAGACCUUCCAAGAAAUAUAACAUGGUUAACUUUGGCUGGGACAGCAAUAGAAAUGGUUCCCUCAUCAAUUGGGUGUCUCUCUCAUCUUCUUACACUGGACAUGACAUUUUGCGAAAGGCUUGAGUGUCUCCCAACCACUCUUUGUAAGUUGAAAUCUCUUGAGCGUCUAUGCCUCUCUCGUUGCUCAAAAUUCAAAAACUUCCCAGAAAUUUUGGAGCCUAUGGAGCAGUUAUUUUAUCUUUUUCUAGAUGGAAUAGCUAUUGAAGACAUACCAUCCUCCAUUGAAAAUCUAUCUAGACUUGGGAUAUUAAUGUUGGAUGGGUGCGAAUGCCUUGAGGUUCUUCCAAACAACAUCUACAAUAUACAAGGUCUUAAACUUAGCCUUUCUGGCCUUUCUGGCUGUUCAAGUUUUGAUAAGUUUCCUCCCCUUUCUGGAACAUGCUGUUUGGGAGAGCUAGAUUUAAGUCGCUUCAAUAGAUUACAAGUUCCUGUUGGCGUUAGCAGCUUAUCCUCGUUACGAAUUUCGAAUCUAAGUAGAAGCAAAAUUGAGAGCUUACCUACAAGCAUGAAGUAUCUUUCUACACUGUCUCACCUUGACUUGAGGAAAUGCAAGAAUUUAAAAUCUUUGCUAGAGCUUCCACCAUUUUUAGAACUUCUACAAGCAGAUGAUUGCGCAUCACUGGAGACUCUGUCAAUUUCAAGGACUGAACCCAUUCAAGGUUUAUAUCAAUAUCAUCUUCGUGAGGUGGACUUUAGAUACUGUAGUUGCCCAAGACUGGAUCAGAAUGCAAGAGCCAGCAUAAUGGCCGAUGCACGGUUUAGAAUUCUUCAUAUGGAAACUAUAUCAACAUCAAUUCGUGGCAGGAUGGGUCAAUUAGUAUCUGUUAUCCAGGAAACCAAAUUCCGGAGUGGUUCAGCUAUGGAAGUAUGGGACCGUCAAUAAAUAUAAAGCGUCC